AUGAUAUCUAGUGAUGACAAUGAUACACUCACCAGGGAUCCAUCAAUGGCAGAGCUCAAGGAAAUAGUGCCAAUCUGUCUCAGCAACUUCAUCAACAAGAUUAUCUCCAAUGUUAUUUGUUCAAGGCUUGGUCCCAUACUUCCAAAGAUAAUCUCUGCAAACCAAUCUGGCUUUGUAAAGAGCAGGAACAUCUUUGAAAAUAUCAUGUUGGCACAAGAAAUAGUGCAUGGUAUCAAGAAGCCAACUGUGGGGUCAAAUGUGGUCAUCAAGCUUGACAUGGCCAAGGCCUAUAACAGAGUAUCCUGGAGUUUCACUUGCAUCAUACUUAUGAGAAUGGGAUCCAGUGAAAUGAUCAUUGACAUGAUCUGGAGAACAAUGUCCAACAACUGGUAUCAAUCAUUGUUAAUGGCACUAGAUGUGGAUUCUUUCAGUCUACAAGAGGCCUUAAACAGGGGAUUUUAUAUGGAGAAGAGAGGUCCUCAAAUCAACCACCUAAGCUUUGUAGAUGAUAUCAUCAUCUUCACCUCUGGAAGAAGAACCUCCCUGAGAAAAAUCAUGUGGAUCCUUAGCAAUUAUGAGAAGACAUCUGGCCAACUCAUAAACAAACACAAGAGUCAAUUCAUGACUGCUUCCUAUGCACUCCCAAGUGCUAUCAGAAGAAUUCAAGAAGUGACAGGCUUUUCUAGAAGGGAUUCACCACUCACAUACCUGGGAUGCCCUCUGUAUACUGGUAGGAGCAGAAUUAUGCACUUCAAUGGUCUCAUUUCCAAGGUGCUAGGCAGAAUAAAAGGUUGGCAUGUAUCCCCUCCAAAGACUGUCAUGAAGCAAAUUGAAAGGUUGACAGCUAGCUUCUUCUGGGGAAUAGAUAAGGACAAAACAAGUAUCACUGGGCAUCAUGGUCUAAGCUAUCCUUCCCUCUCAAUGAAGGUGGUGUGGGUUUCAGAACCAUUCAUGAUACCUGUAACUAAAGUAGUGGUGGAAUUUCAGAACAGCAAACUCUCUUUGGAGUUCAUUCUUGAAGGCAAAAGUACUGUCAAAGAUCAAAUCCCAUAUCUAAGAAAUAGGACUCAGGCCAAUCACAAUCAUGGAAAAGAUUGA